CAAACAAAUUCCCAAGCAACAGUUAGCUUGCCAUCUGUCUCUGUUUCCCAGUUGGCUUUUGGCACGGGUCUAAUACCUUUUUGAUCUUUUGGUCCCCUCCAUCAAGUUUUAUUCCUACCGACGUAGGACACCCCUAUAAGCAACUUCGCUGGAAUUCCCCAAAAAAGUGAUAAAUUCGAUUCCCACUUCACUUGCAAGUUGCAGCUUCCAAUUUCACAGUUUUACAAUUUAAUACAUUUAUUUUAUUUGAUUUAUAUUUCUUAAAUAGUCGAGUUUAAUUCCUUUCAUUGCUUGUUUAUACUAGGAAUGAAUUAUGCAUUGCCAUUUUUCAUUAAUUUCCUCUUUCUUUCUUUUUUUUUCUGAAUUUUGAAUUGAGUCAAUAUUAAUUUAUCUUUGCAAAUCCAUAACUCUGUUUUUUCCUCUCUUCCAGAAAAGAUUUUUCUCUUUGUUUAUUUAUAUACCCACAUGGAGUGUUUUUGCUCAUUGUUUAUUCCGUUUCAGAAAGAAAUAUAAACACACGCACAGCAAAGAGAAAAGAACAAAAGGAUAAAAAAAAAAAAAAAACACAAAGCAAGAACAUGGUGUCCUACUCCUUUCCAUUGUUCUUCUCAUUGUGCCUAAUUACACUCUCUCAACUAUUCAGUUUAGCCAUUUCUAGUCCUGACCAAAUACUCCUAUCAAAAAAGAAAAUUAGUCAUAAUCAAAUACCAACACCUCCAUUGCCAAUCCUCCCACUUCCAACAUUUUCCCAAUUGAAAUGGCAGCAGAGAGAGGUCAUAAUGUUCCUCCACUUUGGGGUAAACACAUUUACCGACUCCGAAUGGGGUACCGGGCACGAAAACCCGGCCAUAUUCAACCCAAUCGGGCUGGAUGCAACCCAGUGGGCCAAAACCGCAGCGGAUGCUGGAAUAUCAUUGAUGAUCCUGACUGCAAAACACCAUGAUGGUUUCUGUUUAUGGCCUUCUAAAUACACCGACCACUCUGUUGUGGAAAGUAGUUGGAAAAAUGGUCACGGUGAUGUUGUUCAAGAGCUUGUCAAUGCCGCUAAGGACUAUGGGAUCGACGUGGGGCUGUAUCUCUCGCCGUGGGAUCGACAUGAUUCGAGAUACGGUUAUGAUUUAGCUUACAAUGAGUACUACUUGGCUCAACUCCAGGAGCUGUUAAGCAAUUAUGGAAGUGUAAGAGAAAUUUGGUUCGAUGGUGCAAAGGGUAAAAAUGCACCAAACAUGUCUUAUUACUUUGAUGAUUGGAUGGCUAUGGUGAAGCAGUUGCAGAGCUCCAUCAAUAUAUUUUCCGACGCCGGACCGGAUGUUAGGUGGGUCGGAAAUGAGAAUGGGUUCGCCGGAACCACCUCUUGGUCCACCAUCAAUCGAACCUCACUAUCAAUCGGAAACGCAAGCAUUGUAGAAUAUCUUAGUACCGGUGAUCCAUAUGGAAGAGAUUGGUUGCCGGCAGAGUGCGACGUUUCAAUUAGAAACGGUUGGUUUUGGCACAAAUCAGAAUCGCCAAAGAAUCUAACCCAACUACUUGAAAUUUACUACAAUUCAGUUGGAAGAAAUUGUUUGCUACUAUUCAAUGUGCCUCCUAAUACCACAGGGCUUAUAUCCCAAGUGGAUGUUCAACGACUGAAAGAAUUUAGAAGCGCUAUUGACACCAUAUUCUCUAUUAAUUUGGCAGAGAAAUGUGACAUCAAUUCUAGUAGCCAAAGAGGGGGCAAAAAUGGUGGUUUUGGACCCGAAAAUGUGAUAGAUAGUGACCAUUUGUGGACUUAUUGGGCUCCAAGUGAUGGUAAAAAAAACGAGCAUUGGAUUGAAUUCAGAAGCAAUGAUCAAGGGCUGAGAUUCAAUGUUAUUAGGAUUCAAGAAGCAAUUGGGCUAGGUCAGAGGAUCAAACAGCAUGAAAUUUACGUGGAUGAUGAAUGUGUAGCAAAAGGAACCACAGUGGGGUAUAAGAGGCUCCAUAGGCUUGAAAAGGGAGUUGUCCAUGGCCAAAUUGUGAGAAUCAGAAUCAAAGAAUCGAGAGGGGUGCCUUUGAUAUCCUCCAUUGGUCUACAUUUUGAUCCCUUUUGGCAUCCACAUGCCCAGCUUUCUAUACAAGAAGUGGCUGGUCCAAAUAAUACCCAAAUGCAUCAUCCAAAAGAACCUUAGUGAAUUUGUUUUUAAAUAAAACAGUUUAUGGGAUUUUCAUUGCCCUUGUUCUGCUUGAAAUUAAUUGUACAAUAGCAAAGUGGGUGAUUACAUACAUAAUAACUGUUGCUUCUUCAGUUCUUCUUUUCCCUUUUUAUCCUCCUCUUUUGUUUCUCUUCGUAACAUCUCAAUUUGAAGUGUAAACCACAUACGUACCAAAGGGAAAUUAUUAUUAUUA